AUGGCAUCAUACAAAUCUGGGUUCGACCCUCCCAUGCGGCCUGGGGAUCUGCCACGGGGGAGAAGAUUGGGGCAGUAUAUGCAGACAGGAUCAGUUGGGUUCCCAACGAAAGAGAAUAGAGAAUCAGAUAUCAGACAUGAUCCCAGGCAGAUGAAAUCCAGGAGAGAUAUCAUACCAGCCACUAGACUCCCGCCAAGAAUACCUACCAGGCCGUACGUGCGCCAACCUUCACCGAGCCCAAAUUCCAGACCAGAAGCGUCGGAACAAACAACAGGAUCAACUUUUGGAUUUGGAAGGGCUCAGAGUACGCCGCUAGUCGAGAAGGCGCAACCCGUGCUCAAGGCAAAAUCAUCCCGGAAUUUGUUGAGGCGGAAACAAUCUUCGAUCGCACAAUCAUCAGGACAAUCUCGGCCAGGUUCUAUAAUUGCAGAGUCUUCCUCUCCAAAGGAAUGGUCACGAAAACCAACCGAGACGCGUCAAAGUGUUGAAGCCUUGAUGAAAUCAGCCGAAGGUAGCGAUGAGAACUUUACGAAACCGAUCCCCAGGGCUUCGAUAGUGACAAAAUCACCACCUAUAAUCCCCGAGCUGGACAGGUAUCGGAACAGGCCAGACGUUUUCAGAGCGCAUAGCAAGCCUGUCGUGGAAUUGCCACCCAAACUUUCCACGCAAGACUUGCCUCCCCCAACCCCUCUCGUGUCUGGGGCACAUGUGUACUACUCCGGGGGAAGCAGUCAAUACCGAUACAGUGGUAGUAUGUAUAGCGCAAGCCCAUCGACGCGUUUCUCGGGGUCUCCAGGUCUUGGGAUGUAUAGUCGGGACACCACCCCUACAUCCAUGUCAUCUCAGUCCCCCGGUAUAAUCGCACCUCUCAAGUCUACCGCGCCAAGGUUACAACAGGUCAGUCCUGCUCCAUCACGCCCAACUCUUUCGACUGCAGCGAGAAGGGAGGCUACCAGCAUCCCCAACGAAGUGGAAGUAGCACCCGACGUCGAGCAACAUGGUCUUCCCUCGCUCAGUAUAUCGGUAACAUCCUCUUCUUCGAACUCGACAAUUAAGGAAGAUGGUAAAACAAAAGAAACGACGAAGAACAGGAGUCUAUCGCCACUGCCGCCAAGUCCCCCGCCGCGGAAAUCCUCCCAAAAAUUCAAUACACCUCGCUCCGAAAAACAAGAAUCUCCCUCGAACCCAUCUCAAGCCCCAGCGAAGCCCGUGAUGGUAUCCGACCAGCCGUCUCUUGCCAAACAACAGAGGCCUGCUCUUACAGUAGCUACCAAAAUCAACGAUGCACCGACACGACCAAGCAGAGAAGGAACACCGAACGUUCAGUCUCAGCUGAGUGGCUCGAGGAAAAAAAUGCCAAGCAAUUUGACGGAGGUUGGCUUUUCGCCAGAUAGGAGGAAAAGUGUAUUACCUCGGGCCGCUGUCACUUCUCCUCCCCUGUCUCACUUAGCACGUCGCUCUCAACAGCCAACUCGCCUGCCAUCAAGAAUACCCUCCCCAAAUCCUAUAAUAGCAUCGCCACAGGAACCAACACAUACGCCAUCAGGACUUGGAAUCAUCCCGGAUCUCAGACCUCAGCUGAAGUCAUCAAGAGUAGCAGCCAGCCGCACCCCCAGUCCAAGUUUAGCGAACGCUAAGCCUCUCUUUGGACUGUUUGGACGGCGUACGAGAACUGCAAAUGAGCUACCAACCGCUGAGAUCAAAGAGAAGGUCGUACGAAGGGGGCCUGCUGCUGGGACAGGGCACGAGGGAUACGGAAGAUAUGCACGAGCGAGAAGUACCAGUGCUGGUGGUCUUGGCAGAGGUCGAGACAUAAGGAUAAAUGGAGCAAGCUCGUCGCAAGAGAGUCUUGCCAGUACCCGUGCUCAAGACCCGUUUCUCCUCGAGCGCAUGAGCCCUGUGAUAAUCGCUGGUGGAGGAGAAAUCGUCGAGAAUCGUAACACCAGUUCGGAAUUCUCUCGAACCGAGAGCAAUACGAGCCUACUAUUGGGUCGACCUAGCACUGAUUCAAGACCUUCGUCGAAGCUUAGUCACGAAUCACCUCGAGCUGCAAUUUGGCCGUCAGCAAUACCCAAAAUUCGCCGGCCGUCAGACAGCAGUGAUGAUGGGAUUAGGAGGAGCUCAUUGGCUUUUCGUCGGUCAAUACAGCGACUGAAUAACUCGACCAGUACGAUGAGCCUCCCACGGCCGCUAAAAUUCUCUGCAAUGGGCAGGGUCGCAGCACCGUCAAUCACAAGCCUGGAUGCGAGUAUCAAGUCAGAAGAGCCUCAACUAGAGACCAGAGCACAGACUGGAAUGUCACGAACGGCCGAGAUCUCCAAGCCGAAAAAGCUAGAGAAACGACCAAAGUCGCCUCGCAAAUGGAAUUUCUUCCAUCGAUCACAACAAACAAAAUCCGAGGCUCAUUCCGUGCAAGUAACUGUCGCGAAAGCGGGCCCGAAGCCUUCCGCGGUGCCUCACUAUGCUUUGCUCGAUUCCUCCGAUGAACAGCAGGAUAUGGAUACCAUGGACUUGGAUGACAUCCUCUGUGACGAUGAUGUAAUCACUCUUUCGAAUGAAGAGUUAGAUCUCCUUCAGUUCGGAAAUGUUCAAGAAAAUCAGCGUUGGAUGGACGAUCUCCAUAUGAUACCCAAAAGUGACGAAAUCCCCAACCGGAAUUUAUUCUCGUCCCCGAAGCCUGCACUAGGCGAUAUUGAGUUCGCUCAAACUGAUCUUCACUUUGCCAAGAAGAGUACACCAGUUCGUCCCAGUCGACUACCCCAGGUUGGAAGGAUACCCAAAGUCAUCUCAGCUCGACCUGAGACCACGUCGCCGAAGUCAUUCUCUAGGCCAUUUGCCCGUCUAAGCACUGUGCAGCCACUCCCAAAGCUACAGAUUUUCGAUAAAGACUCUGUCGGUCUAGGCCCGAGUCCGCCAAAGUCUCCCACGCCAAAGCCUUGCCAGGGAGACUCCGACACCUCUGACGUGAACCCUGUGUCAAGAUAUACCUCUGGUGAUUCAAAUACCGUGAACAUGGAUGAAAGUCACCGUGAAUUUCUUGCAUUUUUUCCUCGCAAGAGCUCGGAAGCGACGACGAAUAGCUCUGGUGGCUUGAGCCUUUCUGGAAUCACCGCUGUGAUACCCGAGGCUGAUGCUGAACUGGAGGAAGACGAGGUGUGGGACGAGUAUGACGACCUCAUUCAGAACAACAAAGUUCCCCUAUCAGCAACAUCUUCGCAAGGUAUGCCCUUCCAGUACGAGAGCUACGAAAGUCGACAGAUCAGAAAAAGCAAGGUCCAUGCUAAGGAGUCACCUACGUUGGCAUCUGCCCCCGAGACCAAAGAGCAGGAGAUUGAAUUACCGGAGCGAGGUUCAACAUUCACAGCAUCCAGUGUGUAUAGCGGAGACAUGAGUGCCAGGUUGCGAGAGGCUCUGGCCUCCAUCCCAACACCAACAACUCCAAAGUCUUUCACAGAUUUCUUUUCGGGUUCUGGCGACCGCGACAACUCCAUUCAUAGUGACUCGAUCCAGAACCCCCGACACGGCUCACAAGGCAGCUCACGGAAAUCAAUAUCGUCGAGCAGUCACUCUCGCUCGCUAUCAGGUCUCGAUGCCAUCGCAGAACAGGAGAACAACUCGCCAAUUUCACAAGUGAAUCUGCGGGUUGGAUCGAUGACGGUGUCGAAGUGGCUUACAUUCGGCCACGUUCUGUUCAGUCCCGCUCGGGAAGAACUGAUGCAAUUAAACGGAUCAACAAAACGCCAUUCAAUCCUUGUCAUCGAUGGUCUGGGCAACGACGACUGGUCCUUCUACGCCGCCGAAACCUAUCCUGCCCACACCUUCUACAACCUCUCCCCAACUCAGCCCCUCUCCGCCUCCCAAAAUACCUCCCCCUCAUUCCCUCCUACGCCCCCCAAUCACCGCCAAACCCAGCACUCAUCCCUAGGCACCGCCAAGUUCCCCCUCCCAUCCUCUACCUUCUCAGUCGUCGUCUUUCGCUUCCCAGUCGCCAUGCCGGAAUCCAGCACCCGCUUUAUUAUCUCCGAAGCUAAGCGAGUCCUUAAGCCAGGCGGCUAUCUCGAAAUGGCAAUUCUGGACCUCGACAUGCUGAACAUGGGGAACCGCACCCGCCGCGCCGUCCGCGGCUUAAAGGUCAGAAUCCAGGCCGCGGAUCCGAAUAUCAAUCUUGCGAGCGCGAGCGAUACAGUGCUCCGGUGUGUAGGCAAGCGCGGAUUUAGCGAUUUAAAGAGCUGUAACGUUGGUGUUCCCGUCGCGUCCACCAUCCCCUCCGCUACCAAACCAUCUCCAGCCCGGAAAGGCAAAAGAAAAACCAGAAGUAAAGCCAGAGACAGAGAACCGAUCCGCGAGAUCAAAGAAGAGUUAAGCCUAGCAGAUAUGCUGAAGGAUUCAACGCCCGCGGGCGACGAAAGCAUUACUAAGAUGGUCGCGAGGGUGGGACGAUGGUGGUACACGCGCUGCUACGAGAAUGCUGCCGGAGAUCAGGGAAGUAGCAUUUGGAGUGACGCGACACUGCUGGGGGAGUGCGAGAAGUGGAACACGAGCUUAAAGCUGGUCGUUGCGUAUGCGCAGAAGCCAGUGCAAAGACGUAGGAGGACCAAUAGCGUCUAG